UGUUAUCUGACUUGGAUUUAAAAAAUACAAACCGCGCAAAUCACUUUUUCUUAUCCAACCUGGCGACAGUGAUACAUAAAAGGCGGAGGGAACGGAUAAAAGAAAUUCGAUAUUUUCUGAAAGUAGUUUUCUUUUCACUGCUUUUUAUUUUCUCAUUUAUUUUCUCAUAUUUACUUUUUCUUGUUUUCUUCUGCUUUGUUAAAAAACAACCAAUGUAUCGUCAACCGCUGUUUUUCACGCGACGCGCUGUGUACAAAGCAGCAAUUAUUCGCAGCAGUACCAGGCCCUUGGUAACCGCGUCAGCUAUCAGACCACUAUCUAUACGUAACACAGCAACGGUUCACACAGCAUCCAUAUGCAACAAAACGCUAUCAGCCAUAUCGGCCAUUGCUCCUGUUACAGAAAGCCCCGCAUCCACGCACAGUAGGCCUCAUAAUGGUGGCCCUAUCGACGAGUACGCCCGUUUGGUUAAGGCCGGGGAAUUCAUUGAUGACAGCUUUCAAAGGACUAUCGUAACAAAGCUUGACCGACUGUAUCAGGACUUGCUCGAGUAUACACCGUCGUCUACGACUGAACCCCCGAAAAGAGGUGUCGGUAGCUUGUGGAAGCAGCUGCUGAGAAAAUCCAAGUCUGAUGGUGCGAUGCCAGUGGGUACGCCGCGCGGUUUGUAUAUCUACGGCGACGUCGGCACCGGGAAAACUACAACCAUGGACCUGUUCUAUGAUACCGUUCCAACGAUGAAGAAACGGCGUAUCCACUUCCACGCCUUCAUGCUGGACAUCCACAGGCGCAUAAACUCGUUCCGGUGUAUACACGCAUCGACCGCCGACCCCAUCCCAACCAUAGCCAAGGAACUGGCCUCAUCAGUCUACGUUCUGUGCUUUGACGAGUUCCAGGUCACAGAUAUCGCCGAUGCUAUGGUUCUGCGCCGGCUUGUCACUGAGCUAUUCCGCAACGGCGUCAUUAUAGUGACCACCUCGAACAGACACCCCGAUGAGUUGUACAAGAACGGCAUCCAAAGGGAGAGCUUCCUGCCAUGUAUUGCACUGCUGAAGGAGAGGUGCGAGGUUGUUUCUUUGGAUUCUGGCACAGACUAUCGCAAGGUUGCGAGGGAGACCGAGACCAUGUAUUUUUCGUCGCUGUCGCCCGACACCAACAAGGUUCUACACGCCCUAUUUGCCUUGGCAUCCGGCGGUGCCACGCUCGAAUACAACUUGCCUUUGCAGUUCCUCGGUCGCACACUCAACGUUCCCCUGGCGGCAGACGGCGUCGCGCGCUUUAACUUUGUGCAGCUGUGCAAGGAGGCACACAGCGCUGCAGACUAUAUCGAGUUGGCCAAGCAUUAUCACACAAUUUUUCUGACGGAUGUCCCCGUCAUGGAUAUGUCGGAUCGCAACGAGGCCCGGCGAUUCAUCACUUUAAUUGACGCGCUGUAUGAAAGCCACACGAUGUUCUUCAUGAGUUCGGAAUCAGAUAUAUAUCACUUGUUCAAGGGACACGAUGCACCAGUUGGGGCUGAGAAGACUGACCUGGCGUAUUCCGGCGAGGAGGAGGUAUUUGCCUUUCAGCGUGCCGUGAGCCGGCUGGUUGAGAUGUCAUCAAGGAGAUGGAUUAUCGCUGGCCGCAAUCGCAUACUGGCCGAGAACGCACUUAGAAUGGAGGUCGAGGGCGGAGGCUCUGAGCACUUCCAACACCAGACCGCCGAGUCCGGGUAACUAAAAAGCUCGGCCUGCGAGAUAUUCGCAUAGAUUUUAUUUUUGGCUUAGAACUUUAUAAUAGAGUACAAUGGCUCGGUUCAA